AUGCCAGGCCCUUUCCUCAAACAUGCACACGCCGCCAAACCUCAAGCUCCGUUUCCAUUGGUACCAUCCUCACAUCUGACCCAUGCCUUCCCUCUACCUACCAAACCGCUUCCGCCGAAGCUUCCCGCUCAUCCACCGCCUCCGCAAACCGCCUCUCCCCGGAAGUCCUUCUGGAGCUGGCUCCACAAAACGUGGGAUAGAAUCCGCAACGCGAUCAAGAAAAUCAACAUCAAAAUCACAAUUCCAUGGAACGUCCUUGAGGACUGGAUCAACAAGAUGGCUGAUGGCUGGACGGUGCAGCAGGAUCCGAAUGACAGUCAAGCUGUAGAUGUGAUUCCGUCAGUCGCGGCGGCGAAGGCGGGGGCACAGGCGUACAAGUGGAAAGCGCCGGUCAUGGUGAGCAGGCCGCCUGUGGAAGAGUGUGGGGUUGCUACGGCGCCAGGGAAGCCAGUUAAGGUUUGCCCUUAAGAAAGCUUUCGUUGGAGUGAGAAUUAGUGGAAGCAUACUCAUAGUGCAGAUUUUGAUUUUAAUUUGAGGGUAAUUGCAGACGGCAGGCAAACACGACGAAUAUGGGAUGACGAGAUAUCAGUGAGGACGAGAGGAAAA